UAAAGCCAUGCCAAUCCAAUCCAAAUUCAGGUUUAUCGUGAGCAAGAGUGGGCGUGAGGCGCGGAUCAAAAUUAACGCUCUGCAGCGCUGAAAUUAAGAUUAAGAUGCAAGUGGAUUACUGGGCUUUUGGAUACGCCCUUGCUGUGGCUUUGGGUGGCAUCAUAGGCUAUGCGAAAGCAGGUAGCGUCAUGUCCCUAGCGGCAGGCCUCAUUUUCGGUGGACUGGCACUGAUAGGAGCCUACCAGACGACACAGGAUCCCGGGAAUUACUACCUGUCCAUUGCUGUGGCAGGCAUGCUGGCCGGCUUGAUGGGCUACAGGUUUGCGUCGUCGUCAAAGAUCAUGCCAGCAGGGCUGGUAGCUGUACUCAGUGUCGCCAUGUGCUGCAGGAUACUGUGCAGAGCAUUUGGCCCCACGGCGCCCGUGCCUCCUGCCAAGGCCUGAUCGCUUCCCUUUUUUGCACAUUCCGGAAUUUUCAAAGCAACAAAUGAAAACUCGCAUCUAUGAUCUAUUUGUGUAUACAUACUUUUUUUUUAAAUAAAUUAGUAUUUCUAUACAUGUGA